AUGACUGCAAGCCUUAAUCGCAAGUUUGAUCUUUUGCAGAAAAGCGGAACGUGCCCUCCAUAUCUCCUUGACGUGCUCACGUUGCUUGUGGCGCACGCCAACGAAACCGAGGUGUUCAAACAGGAGCUGCGCUCCGCGCCCUUUGAGAAUGCGACACCACCAAUCUGCUCGAAUCGAGGGGCAGUUGCUGCAAUACCGCCUCAAAGGGAGCUCGCAGCGCAACCUGAAGUGAACCUAGCACCCAAAGCCGCCGAGGCGGGUGAUGUUCUUGCAACAGAGAGGACGCUGCGUUCGUAUGCAGAGGAUUUAAAGAUGAUCAACGAUAUUGCCAUGGCGACAAGCUCUAAGAAACUUCGGGAGAUGAAGACGAGCACCUCCACUGAGAUGGUGGCUUUUAGAGACCGCGUGGUGCGAGACACAUGGGAGCGAACACGCGAGGAGUUAGACUCGCUGCGUAUGGGUUGGCUUGAGUCAAUGAAAGAGGAGGUCGAGCGCGCCAAAAAGUGA